CAUAGAAUUUUUUACAGAAGUCCAAACAUGUCCGCCUCCAUGGUGCGAGCGACCGUCAGGGCGGUCAGCAAAAGAAAGAUUUUAGCCACAAGAGCAGCAUUAACGCUGACUCCGUCCGCUGUAAACAGGAUCAGACUGUUGCUGCAGGAUAAGCCGGAGUUUAUCGGUAUGAAGGUGGGGGUGAGGACGCGAGGCUGCAACGGCCUGACCUACACCCUGGACUACACCAAGGCAAAGGACAAGGCUGACGAGGAGGUCCUUCAGGGUGGCGUGAGGGUGUUCAUCGAGAAGAAAGCCCAGCUAACACUGCUGGGGACAGAAAUGGACUAUAUAGAAACUAAACUCUCAAGUGAGUUUGUCUUCAACAACCCCAACAUCAAGGGAACAUGUGGCUGUGGAGAGAGUUUCAACAUCUGAACAUCACAGGGCCUCCUGACACUCAUAUAUCCUCCCCCCCCCCCCACACACACACACACUCAAUUGUAUUCCCUUUACAUGUGCACACGCACAUACACAAACGCACAUACACAAACUAUUUUAGUCCCCUUUCCUAGACACACACACACACUAUUUUAGUCCCUUCAUCAGGAGGCCCUAGAAUUAAAAUAAAACGCGAGAGUGAAGAAGUCUGGUAAUAAGGAAUUCUUUGGGACGUUGCCAUGCCAAUGCUGCUACGACGACGACUGCUGCCCUCCGACAAGUCCCACACACGCCCUCCCGACACGCUUGGUUGACGGGGGGGACUCUCACACUCCACAAGCCCCUCCCUACACUCAGCUAGCACGCAAAAACCCUGCAAAGAAGCUCACUUCCUCUUCCUGCAUGUCACUUCCUGCGGUCAGUGGUAGAAGUCUGUUAACAGACACUCUCGCUACACUUAGAUGCUCUCGGUCUCAGGCUUACCCUCUGUGGGCCUUUGGGGGGGGGGGGGGGGGGGGAUGACAACAACCAGGAUGACCUCUGUAGCGCUGUCACAGGAAGCAUCAGUAGUUGUCUCCGAAUGUAGUUUGUGUCCGAAGUCCUUUCACUUGUGGCUUUUAACAGAUACCAUGUUUGAUCGUGUAACUAAAUCAUGGUGUUCAGUUCGUGCACCCUUCAUGUCCUCCUUUGCCAUGCUACUUAGCCCAAAGCUUGGUGGAGAAUUCCUGCUCAGUAGCAUAAGGCUUCUCAGUAGCCUACAACCUGCCCAUAGUCAGUUACGAUCCAUCCAGUGACAGGACUGUCCUCCACUUCCUGACUCAGCAGAGGAAGUGAUGCAAAUACAAAGAAAACUGAUAUUUACAGUUUUGCCGUUUGGUUGUUUGAAAUGAAGUAUAUUAUAUAUGUAAGUAUAUUUAUAUAAUGAAUGUCCCAACUCCCUUAAACCGCAUUUAACGCACAAAAAAAAUUAUCUCUCAAAUCCUUUUCAGUCAGCCAUUUUUGUUUUGGCUCUGGAUUCUUCUUGCAGCAUUUUGCGUUAGAAAUGAAUAUGACAGGUGAAAGUGCACCCUGUAAGCGUUGCUGUGAGGAUAUUUACAUCCAUAAACAUGUUACAAUUGUAACGAGACGUUUAAUAUGUAAACAUCUUAAGAGUCAAGCUGACAAGUCUGGUCUUUAAUCUCAAGACAAAUAUGAUAUUUCAAAUCCAAGGUGUUUGGAGUACAGAGCCAAAACAGACUAAUCCCUUACAGGAAUGAUGACACUGUAUAUGAGGUUUGUGUUUUUCUUUUCUUUUGCUCAAACCAGAACAAGUGUAUGUAUAAACUGUGUGCUGUUAAUACUUCAAAUUUCUAACCAGUGUAAUGUAUUUGUACAGUUGGUGUGGAACAUAUAGAAUAAAUGGAUUUUAAAAAGAAA